AAUUCGCCUGUUGUUUUUGUUUUGAAGUGGAAAAACACCUUUCAUGUUUUCCUCCAAAAAGUAAAUUUCUUUCUGAAAAUUUACUUCCUAUUAGAUUUUUGAGAUUAUUUAGCACUUGGUAACAAUGGCUUCAGCUUCUUCGAGCAGUGCAAAGAAUCUCUUCAGUGACUCGAAGCGCCGACUCGCUGACCGAGUUAUGGUGAACGUCCACAAUUCGGCUUCGGUUGCGCGCCAAAUUGUUCGUGGCUCAAAGUCAAAUGAGAUUCUAAUGCAGGCCGCUAAGAAUUUUGCUCUGGCUGAAGCUUCCAUGGAUAACAGUGCUCAAAAUCUCAAGAAAAUGCAGUUGAUUAGACAACAAAUGGGUUAUCAAGUUGAUGCAAUAGAACAGGGAACAGAAAAAUUAGAUAUCAUCAAAGAACAAGUGUGUUCAAUGGAACGAUAAUUAUAUUUUUUAAACUUAUUAUUUAUUCUGAAAUGCAAUUAUUUAUAUCGAAAGAAUAUAUAAAAUCCAAUAAAUAAGUUUUUCUUAAAUUUCAUGUGAUUACGUAAUUAUGUUAAACACCAUAAAAGUGCAUCAUAAUGAACAGAUCAAAGCAUCAAUCAAUAAUUGCAAAUCAUUAGGGUAAAAUCAGAAGUGAAUUUCUCUGGUUGCCUAGGAUGUUAAUUACUAAUGUGUUUCAUAAUUAGUGACUUGCAGUGCUUCGAAGCAAUUAAAAUUCACAGCAUUUCCUUUGAUUUUAACUCGAGUAAUUUACUUGUUGAACUUUGGCACUAAAUUGAAAAAUAACAGCAGACAGCAGAAUAAAAUGUACAGAUGAGUUAAAUUAAAUUUACACAAGUUCUAUUUUUUUAUUUGGAUUUCCCAGUUUCCUUUCAAUUAGAAUGAUAAAUUUUGUAUUUGAAAUGUGUCAGCUGCAAAAAAUUUAAAUGAUGCCCCCGAGAGAUUGGGCUGAUAUACCAAAAGCCAAAUGGGUUUUUUGUACUUUAAACACGAUUACAUGAAAUAAAGUAAACCAACAUCCGUUUGUGAGCUGCAA